ACUGCGUGAAUAUGGGACCUAUCGCACCCACAACCGCAAGGAAUGCGCAAUUUAUCAGCAAUUGAGCAUCACGUGGACUUGACCGAAAAGGUUGGGGGUUGUUCAUGAGAUGCUUAGGGUUAGGACAUGGGGCAAGAGUGUUGAGCCAGAAACAUUAUCUAUACUACAUGACCUAGUCAAGAAGGAUUAUUAAAGAUUAUUAAAGAAGAGGAAGAAGAAAAAAGGCACACUGGAUAUAUCCUAAACCAUGGCUGAAGGGGGCUGUGCGAAGACCGAAGACGAAGAAACGCAGAACUCCGAGGAGGACUCGGCGUCAUUCAGUGGCAGCGGCGUGUGUAAGUGGUUCAACGUGCGCAUGGGCUUCGGCUUCCUGUCCAUGACGAGCAGAGAAGGCGCUCCGCUCGACCAUCCUGUCGACGUCUUCGUACACCAGAGCAAGCUGUACAUGGAUGGCUUCCGCAGCCUGAAAGAAGGAGAGCCGGUGGAGUUCACCUUUAAGAAGUCAUCAAAAGGCCUGGAGUCUCUGCGGGUAACGGGUCCUGGAGGGGUGCCAUGUGCAGGCAGCGAGAAGAAACCCAAAGGUGCCCAGAAACGGCGCUCUAAAGGGGAUCGGUGCUAUAACUGCGGUGGCCCAGACCAUCAUGCCAAAGAAUGCCAGCUGCCCCCUCAGCCCAAGAAGUGCCAUUUUUGCCAAAGCAUGUCUCACAUGGUAGCCAACUGUCCAAUCAAAGCACAGCAGGCAUCGCCGGGAUCUCAGGGAACCCCCACCUCACUGGCAGGAGAAGAAAUCCUGAUCCACACAGCCUCACCACCUGAUACCUCUGAUUGAAUGCUGGAUGGUGAAACGGGAUUACAGUCAGGGAUAACACAAGCACCAAUCAUGCUGCUCUUGGACCUAUCUCAGGUUUUUACUUUUCUAACAGCAUUAAUGAAUGUCGUCUCUCACUAACAUGACAUUGUAGUAAAAAUCAGUCAUUUAUAAUAGUGAGAGACUAUGUAACCUUGUGGUGUGGAUUGAACUUUUGUAUUUUGGUCUUAAUAUGUUUGGCAGUCUGCCAUAUUUUUUUCCCCUCCACUUCGGUUCUAUUCAUGCAAGACGAAGAUUGAAGAAGUUGGUCAUCAUUUAAGAUCAAGUUUCAUUGAUUUUCAUUUGCAGGAUUGUAGGAGGGAUUUGUUAGUGUUUCUUUUUUUUCUUUCUUUCUUUCUUUCUUUCUUUUUUUAGCUAGCUAAGUGUCUUAGAUUUGUAUGGAAACAAUCAAAAACAAACUAUGUUUACAUAUUGCAAUAAGCCUGGAUGUUAAAUCACAGUUGUGAAGCACAUUUUUUUUCUUUCUCAUUUAAGGAAGACAAAGCCAAUGUUGCCAUUUCAUUUUUCAACACCAAAGAGCAUAAACUCAUUUACAGCUUUUAUACUUACUGUUAUACUUGAUUUUGAGUGAAUGAUGUUUAUCAUCGACUACUUUAAGUUUUACAUAGUUUGAUUCUCAUAGCCAGUUGAAUGUUAUGUUUAAUUAUGAAGCUGUUGAACAAUGUGAAUAUCAUCUCAUUACACGCACUGUUGUGCAGUGUGAUUUAUCCAGGGCCUGCAUUUUCAAAUAUUGCCUAGUAAUUGCUGUAAGAAGACACUGACCAUGUAUCCCAAUACUGCUCUUAAUACGCACUUAUCCCCUCACAACCCUUGGCAGCAAGCACAAAGCAUUAGCAGUGAUUUCCUUGGUGUCUAGACAUAUCAGCAUGAUAACUUGCUAAAAGGCAGGCUUGCAAAUGAGAUAAAGAUAAAUGAAAGAAAUUAUGUUAGCUGUCAAGUAUAGACAGAGUAGUUGGAUAUAUAAUAUAUCAACGCCAAUUUGAAGUGUCAACUAUUGAAUUGUACAGAUUUUGUUUUUCAUGUUUGUAGUCCAUCAUGCAAUGUUCAUAUUUUACAGGGUAUCCCAAAAGUCUCCAAACAUUGGGGAAAUUGACACUUUUUAGCAAAAUGCUUUCAUAAUUACUGUAGAUUUUAAAUCAUUCUCAUGGCUGGAUUGGAUAGCUGUCACAAGGUUGCGAUGGACUUUAACAGGAAAUACGGCAAGCACAUCAUCACACACAACACUGUUGCCAAACUUAUUAACAAAUUCAAAAAGACUGGAAGUGUUGCGGACCAACUGAGACGUGGACGUCCAUGAACAUCGACUGACGAAGGCAUAACCGACGUGGUGCUGGUGUACAUAGUCCCCUAUGUAUGGAGACUUUUGGGACACUCUGUAGCAUCAAGACCACAGUGUCUACUGUCCAAGGUCUGCUCCUAUGUGUACAGUCAGCCCUAAGAUCGUCAAGUGCAGUGUUAAGAGCAGUAUUGGAGUAUCACUAUUUUUUGAUCAUACAUUUGGGAAUCCAUGGCCAAGUUAGCUUAUUGCACUGUCACUUGUCAUUUCAUUUCAGAGAACUAGAGUUAUAGUUGGUGAUGUUAGCUGGUUACAUUACACUUUCUAAUCCCAACAAAUCAGGGCAUAUCAGAGAAACGCCCCAAUUGGGGAUUCAUCCUACUCAUAUUUGUUAUAUGAAAAAAAAACCCUGUUUAGAUAUGGCUAGUAAAGGAGAUUAUUUUUUUUCUGGAUUAUGUUUAUUAUUCCAGUUUUAGAGUGAAUGGUUGGCGUUUACUCAUAGUUGACUCCUCUUUUACAGGGGACUCUGAUGAACCUGACCAUAUUCUAAUAUAAAUACUAAUUGUAAUCUUUGUAUAACAUGAUUAUUUAUUUCUAGCUCAAGUUUACCUCAGAAUUUAUGUUAACAUGGUGGAGAUACUAGUUCUCAAUCACAACUAGAUUUAGGUUAUUAAAAUAUUCUUGCAAUACUUCUUGCAGGUAUAAGCGUGUGACCAGUGUAUUCUGUAUAUUUAAUCUAUGCCAAAUGUGAAGCAAUCUAAACUGCUCCACGAACUAUAUUUAAAGUGCAUUCAAAGUGGACCUAAAUUUCAGUUAAAUAUUUCAACCAUAUUGUCACUAUGACUGAAGUCAGGCAAUUCAGAGUUCCUUGUUCGUUUCCGUCUCAGGGAAAAUCACAAAUGUGUGCUUUCUGGAAAGGACAAAAAUAAUCUAAAAAAAACAUUGCCAGUUUGGUAAAAAAAGAAAAAAAAAGAAAAAAGGUUUAGAACUUGCCCAAAGCCAAGCCAAAAUUACAGCGGUACUCUGGUAUUUUGUAUUGGAAAUCCCUGUUAAUUUAAAAGGAUGUUUGAAAAAGUUUUCAGGCCAUUUUGAAUGUCUCAGUAAAUCAAAGUGAAUGAUUUGUGGCAUAACCUCGAAGAUUUUCCUGAUUUUCCCACUUCCCCAGUGUUAGGAAAUUCAAAUGGCAUUCAACCCCUGUCUUAUGCAGUUUUCUUAAACACUGUAUACGCUGAUCUUAAGAAACAUUGUAUGUGUCAGUCACACACAGCGUGUGAUUGAGGAGCCUAGACUUACGUUUAUGUGUCAUCAAACGAUUGGUGAGAAUUAUUUUUAGCAUCUGGAUUUAUACUUUAGAGUGGUCUGUACCAUAAACAGACACAUGCACAUUUGUACUGCCAAAUCAAUCACUUGAAAUGCAUAAGACCUGCUCCAGCCUUGUAUAUUGUUCUUGUAUAUUUCCCCACAUAAUAAUAUAAUUGUUUUAUUCUCUAUUUGCAUGGUAGUUGAUGUUAGAGUAGAAUAGUGCCUUGUAGGCAUAGCAUUUCAGUUUGAAAAAGCUGAAAACAAAGCUGCUGAUUAGUAGUGAUAAGAAGUAUUCCAACUGAGUAUUGGCUGUGUCUACAGUUAUCCUUUUUUCUUUUAUUUGGGACUGGGUUAUUUCUUCCUUCCUUUUUUUUUUAUUUGUAUUUUUUUUAUUUUUAAAGAGAAAACAAGGCAUGUACCUUGUUCAGAAUCUAUACAAGUCUACCUCAGGAUGUUGAAAUUUAAGUGGACCUGGACUGAGUCUGCCCCUGUAACCAGUACAGUGUCCAAUUAAAUGUGUAAGUAAUGUGAAAGGUGUAUGUGUGUGUGUAUUUGUGUGUUUUGUGUGAGUGUGCAUGUUAUUUAGUUUAUAGUGCUAAACUUAUUUCAAGUGUAAUAGCAAAGUCAAGGUGUUGUGACUUGGAAUGCAAGUUCUUUUGCAAGAUAUCAGUGGCUUUAGAACAAAAGCUGAAAAAUGCUGUUAGAAAUUCACUUUGAGGUUAAAAUACACGCAGUAGUUUGUGUGAACCGCUUAGACAUUGUCUUAUCAUUUUCUCUGGAGAAGACAACAUUGCUAUCAGUGUAAAAACAAACAAAAAAAAUGUUCUCAGAAAAGUUAAUGGAUGGAAACAUUAAACAUGAGAAUUAGACCACCAUUAUUCCUAAACAAAUCAUGAGGAACAAUUUCAUAAACAUCAAAAUAUCUUUAAAUGUGCCUGUAAAAACUGCAUUGUGCACAAUGGGUACUUUUUCAAGCCAUCUACAAUAGAUACAAAUCCAAAAUCUAUACUUUGAAUUAAAAUGUCUUCUAAGUUCAUUAAUGUAUUUAAUGGCUUCACUCUGACAUGAUGUGUUUAAUAAUUGAUGCUCAUGGCUUUUCUUUGAAGCACAAGCAGGAAUCAUAUCUCAUUUAUAUAAUAUUCUUUGUGGUUGGAAUUUGUGUUGUUUUAUGUUGCCGUCAAACCUGUGCAUUACAUUCAGUGUUCGGUGAAGUUUGAAAGAUCUAUUUUGUAUUCAAAUGACCAAAGAAUGUAGCCAUGUUGUGGCAAGCCAGUGGCUUCAUUAUGGAGCCCCAUCUGAAUGGCCUCAACAGUCACCCAAGUGCAUGGGUUCAGCUGUCAGCUUGAUCUUUUUCAACAUAUUGUGACAAAGCAUGCAAAGAAUGUUGUGACCAAGAAUGUUUUAG